AUGGCUUUAACAACAAGCCAACGUCCCUCUCUUGGAGGAGAUACCCCGGAAUCAAGCCAGGACCGGCUCCAAAAAGACCCUGAAAAGGCGGAUGUAUUGACCGAUGGCAAUCGGGAGCCAGGCGAUGAUGCCGGCAAAGAUGAAUCCAUUACGGAGGAGUGGAACUGGGAGACAGACCCUCACAAUCCCAUGAACUGGUCUCCUACUUCCAAGAUACAACAGAUAGUGAUGCUAUCUUUGGCUGCCUUUACAGCAUCCGUUGGGACCUCCAUCAUCAGUCCUGCCCGCUCUCAGCUUAUGGAAGAAUUCGGAGUAACGUCGACGCAAGCUAUUCUGCCAUUGUCAAUGUACGUCUUCGCCCUCGGAAUGGGCCCAGUCGUGGGAGGUCCUCUCUCGGAGACGCUAGGUAGACACCCAGUCUACCUUGGUUGCCUUCCACUCGGCGGUCUCUUCACCUUAGGCGCGGGCUUCUGUCGCAACUUUGCCGGCAUAUGCGUCUUGCGCUUUCUCGCCGGCUUCUGUCUGUCGCCCAGCCUGGCAAUCGGAACCGGCACCAUCAACGAGACAUACAAGCCGUCGCAGCGCGCCUUUCCUUCCACCAUUUACAUUCUCAUGCCAUUCCUUGGCCCAGGGCUCGGACCUGUGAUAGGCUCCUUUGUCGUCAACCGCAAAGGCUGGCGAUGGACGCAGUGGACGCUCCUAUUCUUCAUCGUCAUCUCCAUUAUAUCAACCAUACUGGCCCGCGAAACCUACCAUCCAGUCCUGAAGCGUCGUCGCGCUAAGCAACUAGGUCUCCCCCUCGACCCGCUACCACCCACGAGCCAGCGAGUCCAGACGUUCGUGACCACAGCACUCACGCGUCCGGUGCGUAUGAUGCUCACGGAACCCAUCGUGUCCUUCAUCUGCCUGUACGUCGCCUGCGAGUUUGCGACGCUUUUCUCCUUCUUCGCUGCGCUUCCCUACGUCUUUGGCACAGUCUACGGCUUCGGAAUCGAGCAGCAGGGACUCGUCUUCCUCUCGAUUAUGGUGGGCUGCGUGCUGGGUACCUUGACGAUUCUCGUCUGCAAUGUUUUGCUGUACUUGCCUCAGACGAAGAAGUAUCCGCCGCACCGCACCCCUCCGGAGCACCGGCUGUACCCUGCCAUGAUCGGCAGCCUGGGGUUGCCGUUGGGUCUCUUUUGGUUUGGUUGGACCGCCCGAGCGGAUAUUUCAUGGGCCAGCCCUGUCAUCGCAAUCAUACCUUUUGCUUGGGGGAACAUGUGUCUGUUCGUCAGCACGAUACAAUACCUCGUCGACGUGUAUCAAGGCACGACUGUUGCGAGUGCUGCCAGUGCCAAUAGCCUGGCGAGGUAUGUUCUGGCGGGGGCGUUUCCCUUGUUUAUUGUACAAAUGUAUCAAAACCUGGGGACCGGCUGGGCGAGCAGCCUAUUGGGAUUCAUCGCUCUAGCGCUCUUGCCGGUGCCAUGGGCCUUUUUCAAGUGGGGGCGGUUCAUCAGGCAGAAGAGCAAGUUUGAUACAGUAACUAUUUGA